ACUGCACCGCCUUCACAACUAAGCUUCAAAUACAUGUAGACUGACGCUAGUUGGCCAGCGGCACCGACCGAAACCAACAGCAGAAGAGAGCUUUGUCGACCGGGUUACGCCACCUGGCACUCGCACUUAUUCGGCAUUGAUUUUGGGGUUACGUUUAAUCCGAUAUAAGACGUUUAAUUCACGAGGAAAGUGAGCGUUAUUGAGCGAGUGUGUAAUAUUUGACGUUUAACACCGCGCAUACGUAGUUUGGGCUUGCUAGCCGGCUAACUCUGCUAGCCAGAGAAAGAAAAAAGCCGUCGGGUUUGACCUACCGUUAGUUAUUUCACCGAGAGCGAAGCAUCUCUGUGUUUCUUCAUUUGGGAUCGAAACACCGCCAACUUAGAGAGCAGAACACCAAGACAGGAUGGCUCUGAAAAGGAUUCACAAGGAGCUUAACGACCUGGCUCGUGACCCUCCAGCACAGUGCUCAGCUGGCCCAGUGGGUGAUGACAUGUUUCACUGGCAAGCCACAAUCAUGGGGCCUAGUGACAGUCCAUAUCAGGGAGGUGUUUUCUUCUUGACGAUUCAUUUUCCAACAGACUACCCCUUCAAACCCCCCAAGGUUGCGUUUACGACAAGAAUUUACCACCCAAAUAUUAACAGUAACGGCAGUAUCUGUCUGGAUAUUCUCAGAUCACAGUGGUCUCCUGCGCUUACUAUUUCUAAAGUUCUUCUCUCCAUUUGCUCACUCCUAUGUGACCCAAACCCUGAUGACCCGCUAGUGCCAGAGAUCGCACGAAUCUACAAAACAGAUAGUCAGAAAUACACCAAAAUGGCAAAAGAAUGGACACAAAAAUACGCAAUGUGAUGGGAUCGUUUGGAACGCUGGUGAAAAUGUGGUUGCUGGUUCAAACUUAAAAUUUUGGGAUUCUGUUUUACUUUUUCACUUUAUUAUUAUUUUUUUUGUUUUUCUUUUGUUUUGUUCUUUUUGGUUAAUCAGAGCAUUUUACCCCUCCUUUUCCCACCUGCGCGCUCAUAAGAAGAUAGUGUUUUCUCUCUAGGACAUGUGCCAGUUUCUGUAAAGUUUCGACUCCUGUUUUAUACAGAGUUCAAAUAAAAAAAUGUAUAUAAAUCACGAAAACUAUCGUGGUCUAUAGACUCGGCUUGAGCAUGCACCGGUAAGAGUUUUCAACCCAAAAUUGGUGAUGAUAGUCAUUUACUCUGCACACACUUGGUAGAAUCUGAUGCAGCUGGUCUCCUCAUGCUGAGCAGCAUCAACCCUACGCUGAUCCACUUGUACACAGACUGGAUCCUCUGGGGUUGAUACUUCGUCAUAGGCCGGGCUUCUUUGAGCAUUUGGGGCAAAGUCUGUGUUUUGCCAUUGUUGUAAAUUUUGAAUUCUCAAAUUGGCAGUAUUCUGCUGCACUUAAGGAAAAAACAAAUACAAAUCUGUGACAAUGAAGAAACUGUUUAGUGGACCCUGUCUGCCUCCAGGACCGGUGCGAUGUCAGUUUGUUCUUCUGAUGCAUAGUAAAUGAAGUUUAUUAUCUGAGGAAAGAAGUGUAUCUUAUUCCACUAUCAAAGUGUGUACAGAGAAGCACAGCAGUAUAUAUCAAUGUUAAAGAAACAAAUGUAAGAACUUCAAUGUUGUAUUUUAUGCAUGUUAAUAAAGGUAGGCUAUAUUAUCUGAUAUGUUUCUGCAAAUUAUGUGGAUUGUAAGGUUGAACAGUUGGAAAAAAUUUGGUUCCCCUCAAAGGCUUUCUACUUCUUUUUGUUAUUUAGAAGCCAGUAGUUGAGCUCUUAGUUUUACACCCACUCGAACACUGUCUUCUUGUAGCCCUAAAAAUAUGAUGCAAAGCUGAUGGUUGAUAAUCAACUUGUCGCUCUGUUUCUUUUUAGUUUCCCUUCAAUAAAGUUACUUAAACCAUAAAA